CCUUCCACCUCCCACCGCCCCCCACCCCUAUAAGAAACCACUCGUUGAGCCCAGGAAAGUACGUCGGUGGAGCAUCAGAUUGAGAUAAAUACGUAUUCUUUCUUUCGCUUGCUUUUUAGAGAGUCAGCAGUAGUUGGUAAGAGCCAAGAGAUGGCAACUCAGCAGGAGAGGGCUGAGCUCGAUGCCAGGGCGAAGCAAGGAGAGACUGUGGUCCCUGGUGGGACCGGCGGUAAGAGCCUUGAGGCCCAAGAGCGUUUGGCUGAAGGUCGCAGCCGUGGAGGGCAAACGAGGAGGGAGCAGCUGGGGACAGAGGGCUACCAGGAGAUGGGCCGCAAGGGCGGGCUCAGCACCAUGGACGAGUUCGGAGGGGAGCGCGCAGCGCGUGAAGGGGUCGAUAUCGACGAGGCCAAGUUUAGGUCUUAGAGCGCGCAGUUCUGUCUAGACCGUAGGGUGUUGACUAAUAAGAUAUGGUUUAGUUUCUGUUUGGUGUCGUUGGGUUUCUUUUGUUUGGUGACGGGUUUGUUUAGUUUGUGUUUGAGUCAUAGUUGGAUGCCGUUGGGUUUCCUCUGUUUGGUGUUGGGUUUAUGUGGUGGUAGGGCUUUAGCAGGCAUCUCGAGCCUCGUUAGCCUUACUUGUACGUGACUUGCUGCUUUGUUCUAAUGCACUGAUAGUGUGACUUGCUGCUUGGUUUCAAUG